UUGUUACCUUCAGAGCAGCUCUCUCCAUAGCAACUGAAAACUUCACUGGGCUGAAAUAAUCCUUUCUAGCUCCCAGCACACAGUCAAGGAAUUUUAAAAACAGAGGACUUUGUAACCACAAAAUACUCUCUGAGAUUUAAAAGGCUGCAAAGCUCCAGAUAAAUAACCAUUUGCCUUUCGUCCGAAGAAAUUCCUCUGGUUACAAGUUCACACCGUGAACACUAACCCACCUACGCCAUCAAAGACUGACUCCAGGUAAAAAAAGAGUGGAAAUGUGCUUUUGGACAAGGCUCUCAGCAUUCUGGCUGCCACUGUUCCUUCUCUUCAGCCUUGUUCCCUCUACUGAGACAGAAAAUCCCUCCACGCAGGACAGCAGCGGCACUUGGAGUCCUGGCCAACUGACAGAAGUACUCCGAGUUCUCUCUGCUGGCGACCACCCACCCCUGAACCACUCAAGAAGCCUCAUCAAAACAUUGUUGGAGAAAACUGGCUGCCCAAGGAGGACAAAUGGAAUGCAAGGAGGCUGCAGUCUGUGCUUUGAACCAGAUGCCCUGUUGCUAAUAGCUGGAGGAGAUUUCGAAGACCAGCUCAGAGAGGAAGUGGUCCAGAGAGUUUCCCUUCUUCUCCUCUAUUAUAUUAUUCACAGGGAGGAGGUCUGCUCUUCAAAGCUCAGCAUGAGAAAUAAGGAGUAUGCAUUUUACCUGCACAGCCUCCUAAGCCUCAGGCAGGAUGAAGACUCCCACUUCCUUUCACAGAACGAGACAGAAGAUAUCUUGGCUCUCACCAGGCAGUACUUUGACACUUCUCGAAGCCAGUGUAUGGAAACCAAAAUGCUACAGAAAAGGUCUGGAAUACGAAGCAGUGAUGGUGCUGAUGAAAAUACACUUCCUCAGUUGGCAGCAACAAUCAUUGCUUUGUCUCUUCAAGGUGUUUGUCUGGGGCAAAGAAACUUACCUUCCCCGGACUAUUUUACCGAAUAUAUUUUCAGUUCCUUGAAUAGUACGAAUACUCUUCACCUAUCAGAACUAGACCAACUCCUCAACACCCUCUGGACCCAAGGUACCUGUAUCAGAAAAGAUAAAGUCCAUCAACUUCAAAGGAAAAAAAACCCCAAUAUAACAAUUAAUGAUUGGAGUUACCCUAAUCUAUCUGUAUCCAUGAACCAAGAGUUAGAUGAUGGUCCAGUUUCCUGGGAUCAGACUUGCUUCUCUGCUGGGCAACUGGUGGAGAUAUUUCUACAGAACAGCCUUUCACCUAUUUCUAAGGAAGAUUUUAAGCAUAUGAGUCCAGGAAUCAUUCAACAAUUGCUCAGCUGCUCUUGCCAGCUGCCCAAGGACCAACAAGCAAACCUGCCUCCUACUGCCCUGGAGAAAUACGGCUACAGCACCGUGGCCGUGGCCCUGCUCACGCUGGGCUCCAUGCUCGGCACAACGCUGAUCCUGUUCCACAGCUGCGAGGAGAAAUACAGGCUCAUUUUACAGCUCUUCGUGGGCCUGGCUGUUGGCACGCUCUCUGGCGAUGCUCUGCUCCACCUGAUCCCUCAGGUUCUUGGUUUACAUAAGCAGGAAGCCUCAGAGUCUGGACAUUUCCAUGAAAGCAAAGGACACAUUUGGAAACUGUUGGGGCUAAUUGGAGGCAUCCAUGGAUUUUUCUUGAUAGAAAAAUGUUUUAUUCUGCUUGUAUCACCAAGUGCCAAGCAGGGAGUGGCAUUGGUUAAAGGGCAUGUGGGACAUUCCCAUCAUCUUGCGCUCAACUCUGAAUUAAGCAACCAGUCGGGCAGAGGCAAGUCUGCUUCAACUAUCCAGUUGAAAGGCCCAGAAGAUUCCCAGGCAGCUGAAAUUCCUAUAGGCAGUAUGACAGCCUCCAACAAAAAACGCAAAUCCAUUAGCUCGUUAGCAAUAAUGAUACUGGUAGGGGACUGCCUGCAUAAUUUUGCAGAUGGCCUCGUGAUAGGAGCAGCCUUCUCGUCUUCAUCUGAGUCUGGAGUAACCACAACAAUUGCUAUCUUGUGUCAUGAAAUCCCACAUGAAAUGGGGGAUUUUGCUGUGCUCCUAAGCUCUGGACUUCCUAUUAAAAUUGCCAUCCUGAUGAAUUUUAUAAGUGCUCUAACUGCCUUCAUAGGACUGUACAUUGGGCUCUCAGUAUCAACUGAUCCUUGUGUUCAAAAUUGGAUCUUGACAGUUACUGCUGGGAUGUUCUUAUAUUUGUCCUUGGUGGAAAUG